GAGGGGUGCGCAUGCGCCGUGCGUGGCGGGGCUGAAUGUUUCCCAAGUGUUUGAAACUGGUAUUUGGGUUUUCCACGUUGGAUCAAGUGCGGCGUAUAGGAGCGAGGCGGCUGCAUUAAUAUCACCGGGGAGCAGCGGCGGCGGUGAGGAGAGCUGGGGAGGAGGGCGCGGAGGAGAAGCGGAGCAGAGCGGCGCUGGCGCAUGCAGAGGGGCUGCCGCUGCUUCUGACAGACACUUUGCAGAGCACAUUUUGUUUCCAGAUUGUUUCGGAGGAGCUGGUUUGAGCUCCCCCCCCCCCCGCCUCCUUUCUCCUCCUCCUCCUUCCCCUCCUCACACACACACACACAAAUCCCUCUGAUUGUUCCUACCACCUCCUUCGUGAAUUACCCACAACGACAGCCAUUCAAUCAGCUGCUGCUGGCUGUAGGGGACUCGCGGAGGGUGUGUGUGUGUGUCCCUCUCCCUCUCUGUUCCACACAAGAGGAGUCAGAUGUAGCUUCUCUCGUUUUUUUGCGGGGAGCUACAUAGAGAGGAGGGCAGGGAGUGAGCCGUGCAUCGGGGUUGCCGUGUUUGGAGAGAGCGGCACUUGCUCUCACACAGGCAGGGAGAGAGAGGCGUGGGGAAGGGUAUAUAUAUAUUUUUCUUUGCCGGAUGAAAAUGUUGAGUCCUGCAAACGGAGACCAGCUUCACCUAGUGAACUAUGUGGAGGAUUAUCUGGACUCCAUCGAGUCUAUGCCCUUCGAUCUGCAGCGAAAUGUCUCCUUGAUGAGGGAAAUUGACGCCAAAUAUCAAGAGAUCCUAAAGGACCUGGAUGAUUAUUAUGAAAAAUUUAAACGGGAGACAGAUGCCGUGCAGAAGAGAAGGAUGUUGCACUGCAUACAGAGAGCGUUAAUUCGAAGUCAGGAGCUGGGAGACGAGAAGAUCCAAAUUGUCAGUCAGAUGGUGGAGCUUGUUGAGAACAGAACUAGGCAAGUGGACAGUCAUGUGGAACAGUUUGAGACUUGUCAAGAGACUAAUGAUACCACUGGAAACAGUGGGAAAGCAAGCCAAGAUAAAUCAAAGACUGAGACAAUCGCUCAGGCCGAAAAGCCCAACAAUAAGAGAUCAAGGCGGCAAAGAAAUAAUGAAAAUCGAGAAAAUGCUUCAAAUAAUCAUGAUCAUGAUGACAUCACCUCAGGAACUCCAAAGGAGAAGAAAGCAAAAACAUCCAAGAAGAAGAAACGAUCUAAGGCUAAAGCAGAGAGGGAAGCUUCUCCCCCAGAUCUUCCUAUUGAUCCUAAUGAGCCAACAUACUGCUUAUGCAACCAGGUCUCCUAUGGAGAAAUGAUAGGAUGCGAUAAUGAUGAGUGCCCCAUUGAGUGGUUUCAUUUUUCAUGUGUGGGACUCAAUCAUAAACCAAAGGGCAAAUGGUACUGCCCCAAAUGUAGAGGAGAAAAUGAGAAAACUAUGGACAAGGCAUUGGAGAAGUCUAAAAAAGAAAGGGCCUACAACAGGUAGUUUGUGGACUUUUUGUAGUGAAGAAAAAUAAAACCACCAAACCAGUGUAUUUAUUGUCAGUGUCACCUUUGUUGAGGUGAAAGGAUUGUAAAAUGUAUAUUUUUAAAGGAGGUUUAAAACUGAACCAUUCCUGUUAUAGGGACGGCAAUAAGAGCAGUUUUGUUUUUCAUUUGGUAAGCUGUAACAAGAAUGUGGUCUGUGGACCAAUGUAUUCCAAAAGUAAAGUAAUAAGAGUUUAAGUUGAAUAUUCAGGUGGGUCUUAAAAGACUUUUUUUUUGUGCUGGUAGCACACAACCCAUUAAAAUUUUGAUGACAAAUA